UAAUUAGAGUCAUUGGACGGCGCCGUUUUGAUGCACCGCACACCCUGCUGUGCUCUCAACCACAGCAGGGGAUCCUCUCCCAUAAUUAUCACUUCGAGUAACCGACUGCGCUCACACCCACACAUUUCAUUUCAAUGGCGUCUACCGAUCAUCAUAUGCACGGCGAGGAAGACCACGACCACCAUCACAAGGAAGAAUCGUGGGUUGGUCCGGACGGGAAGGUGUACCACAGCCACGAUGGACUGGCGCCGCACUCACACGACCCAAUCGAAUCCCCUGGCUACUUCACUAGACGAGCACCGCCGCUCCUUAAUCGCGAUUUCAACGAGAGAGCCUUCACCGUCGGAAUUGGCGGCCCCGUCGGCACUGGGAAGACGGCGUUGAUGUUAGCUUUGUGUGAAUUUCUGAGGGAAAAAUACAGUCUUGCAGCUGUAACAAACGAUAUAUUCACAAAAGAGGACGGAGAGUUCUUGAUAAAGCAUGGAGCUCUUCCUGAGGAAAGGAUCCGUGCUGUAGAAACAGGCGGGUGCCCGCAUGCAGCUAUAAGAGAAGACAUCAGCAUAAAUUUGGGGCCUCUUGAGGAGCUCUCCAAUUUGUACAAAGCAGAUAUACUCCUUUGUGAAUCUGGUGGAGAUAAUCUGGCUGCCAAUUUCAGCCGAGAACUGGCUGAUUACAUAAUCUACAUAAUAGAUGUAUCUGCCGGAGAUAAAAUUCCUCGAAAAGGAGGGCCGGGCAUCACUCAAGCCGACCUCCUAGUGAUCAACAAAACUGACAUUGCAGCUGCAGUGGGAGCUGAUUUAUCAGUCAUGGAACGUGAUUCACUCCGAAUGAGGGAUGGUGGUCCAUUUGUUUUCGCUCAGGUGAAACAUGGUGUUGGAGUGAAGGAAAUUGUGGAACAUGUUUUAGGUGCUUGGGAAACAGCAACGAGCAAGAAACGUCUUUAGUUUCAUCGUCGCGUUGUGUGAUUUCUGCUUCUUUAGGUUUGGAAACUUUGAGACGUUGAUGUGGAUUGAAAACGAUGUAGCUUGUAAUGUAUCUCUGUUUUGAACUCCGGCUGGAAUAAAACAUGGGAAUCCAUUUUGGAAUAGAGAAAGAGAUGUGGUUUCAUUGGA